AUGACCAUGACCCUAGACGCCUCUCAACAGCAGCGCUUUGCGCCUCCGUUGAACUUCGACUACCCUCACCAUGCGCCACCAACAUUUUCGAACCCGUGGUCCUCGACGUCUCCUUCGCAGUCAGCAGCUGCCCCUGGGAAUCCGUUGUUUGUUGGCAGUCCGCAACCUGGAUUGCAUGCCAAUAUCAUGGCCGGCAAGGGACCUGCAGGCAGAGCCAGCACCAGCAGUGCUUCGUCAAUGGCGUCGUAUGCAUCAUUACCCGUUGCCACCACUGGGGCAGACCUGUUGACCAUGAACCGUAUGCAGACUACAUCUGCUACCUACGGUGAUACCACCUAUGCGACCUCCGCCUCUCCUGUUAACGGCCACUUCGUGCCCGGGUCCACUGCUCCCUAUGACGCUAUCGGCUAUGCGCCGGCUCCUAUUCGACAGUCUCACUUCAACAUGGCUCACGAGACCGACUCUUCCAGACGAGGGUUUGCCCAGCCGAUGCCGUCUCAAGCCGAUGAGCGAAGGAGCUUUGCUGAUGCUCUCGACGCAAGCCAUGGCAUGCUUGCCAUGAGCCAGGAGACUCCCCGGAAUAUAUACGGUGCCCGAAACGACCGUUCUUCAGUGGACUCUUACGGGUUUCCUUCUACACACUCUACCAGCUCCUCAAUUUCCUCCAGUGGCAACUUCAGCUCCUACUACGGCGAUUCUGUAUCAGAUUACUCCUCAGCUGCUGGUUCCGAUAUUGAAUCCGUCAACUCGCGAACGCUGCCCCGGCCUCAAGGCCUCAUGGGCUCACAAAUCCCUCCAGCUCCUCAAUCCAUGAUGGGUCAAUUCAGCUCAAAGGUUUCUUCAAGCACACAAAAGAAGCACAAGUGCAAGGUUUGCGACAAGAGAUUCACCCGACCAAGCUCACUCCAGACGCACAUGUACAGUCAUACCGGCGAGAAGCCUUUUGCCUGCGAGGUCGAAGGGUGUGGGCGUCACUUUUCUGUCGUUUCCAACCUCCGCCGACAUCGGAAAGUCCACCGAGGCGAUGCACGCUCAGAAGCUGGAUCUGAAGAUCACCAGUCGGACUAA